CGUCCACAACGGCAAUCGCCUUUACGCACCAGCGAGUGGAGAAUCGUGCAGGAGAACCGCUCUCCUUUCGCAUUACCUUGCUCACAUUAUUUCCUAACAUUGGGACUUAUCUUUACUCAAGAUUUUGUGGAGCUACUCACUCGCUUGGACUGGACUAUAGUCUGCGUGCAAACGUCGUGCGCAACGAAGAUAUGAUAAUUUUAUCCUGAAACCACAUUUUGCUAAAUGCUGCUUUAGAGUGAAGACGUGCAAGGCACCAGCCUACACAUGGAGUCCAGGGUUCCCCACCACAUCCCCGGAGUGUCCUCCUCCCUCAUAUCUCAGCCCCUGCUGGACAGUCGAGUGCCCUACGGCCGACUGCAGCACCCUCUCACCAUCUACCCCAUCGACCAGAUAAAGUCCUCGCAUGUGGAGAAUGACUACAUCGACAGCCCGGCCAUCGUCUCCCAGCAGCCUCCGAGCCAGAAGUCCGUGAACCGAAGAAUCACCUGGCUUGGUCAGAAUCAGGAGACCUUCCUGGGGGCAAACCACAACCAUCAUCACAAUCACCAACACCAGCACCCUCAGCAGGGCAGGUGCGAGCCCCACCCUCACCAGGACAACACUACUCACCCUUGGAUUUCCUUCAGUGGGAGGCCCAGCUCUAUCAGCAGCAGCAGCAGCACCUCGUCUGAUCAGAGGCUGCUGGACCACGCUGCGCCCACCCCAACAGUGGACCACCACCCAAACCUGCACCCCCACCAGGGCCCACUCAACACAAUCACUACCCGAACUCCAGGCUGCUUCACUUCCGCUGAAUCAAAAGUCCUCACCUCCUCUUCCUCUGCUUCUUCCUGCUCCUCCUCCUCUAAAUCGCUGGACCUCAAGUCUGCAAAGAUGCCUGCGGGAGGCGUGUGCACCACUGGAGGCCAGCAGGGGUUGGCGCUGAUCCCCUCCUCCCCGGCCGAGAAGAAGCAUCUCAUUCUCUGCGAGCACUGCGGGAAGUGCCGAUGCACGGAGUGUACGCUCCCCCGAACCCUACCCUCUUGCUGGGUCUGCAACCAGGAGUGCCUGUGCUCUGCUCAGAGCCUGGUGGAUACAGCCACCUGCAUGUGCCUGGUCAAAGGGAUCUUCUACCACUGCACCGAGGAUGAGGACGAUGAGGGCUCCUGCGCCGACAAGCCCUGCUCGUGCUCCCAGGCCAACUGUUGCGCACGCUGGUCCUUCAUGGCUGCCCUUUCAGUUGUCCUGCCUUGCCUGGUCUGCUAUCUGCCAGCUACAGGCCUGGCCAAACUGGGACAGAAGUGUUACGACAAUGUUAGCAGGCCCGGCUGCCGCUGCAAGAACUCGCAGGGUGGUGUGAGCGCCCCCGUGUGUAAAAACGGUGCCGUGGAAGCAAAAGUUGGGACAUUAGAGAAGCAGGAGCAGCAAGAGUCAUGAUAGUGGCCCAAACUGGCUAACAGUGGCCUCGCUAAAAAAUGGAAAGGACCACACAGUACUUGCUUGCUCUCUAUGGAUAGGACAAUCCAACACCAACCCCUUAAACUACCCCAUUAAUCUGCUGGAAGGUGACUUAUGUAAAACAAAGGUACUUAAAUGGCUUCUUGACUUAUGUUUGAUAGGAUGGAUGAUCAAAAGGGGCCUGAUCUGAGAGAGUUGGCUAGUAUGAAUAGUUACCAGGUCCACUGAGAUGUUUUUUUGUUUGUAAGAGUGACUGAAGAAGAAAAAGAAGAAGAAGAAGAAGAAGAGACUAGAUUGUGGGACUGGUGUUUGUGUUGUUUUGAAGGCUGAAGGCACAAAGUCAUUGUACCUCUCUGCUGCUCUGUAUUUCUCAGAUAAUUUUGUAACGGUAACUAACCAGAAGCUGGUUUGCUGAUCCUCGGUUAGCGUAAAAGUCAUUUGAUAAAGAUAAAUAUCUGUACGUCCCGCUCCCACCCCCCAAAAACACAGCCCAGUGUCCCUCAAGAACAAGUGAUUACCUGUACUGUGCUUUUAUGAUAGGCCACUGCAAGAGUAAAACCACCACUUACUCACUCUCUCCACUAUUAUGAUGAUCACCAUCUUUUAGUAUCACCAUUUUUCCUCUCUUAGCUUAAAGAUGCUAGCUUGGUAAUGCUAACAUUGUAUCUCUAAUCUCCAUGGAGGAGCUGUAAAAACAUACGUUUUUUUUGGAGAAAAUAAUAGUAAUUUCCCAUAGCCUAAUAAAAGUCUGUAUUGUGCAUAAGCAGCUGUACAGCAAGUGAGAGAGAGUAAUCACUUUACAGUGUGUUUCCUAUUUUUUGGGGGGUGAAGCCCGGAGAUUCUAAAAGAUUUUGAAUGCUGUUCACCAAUCACCUCAGAGGUAAUGCAUGUCAUGACCUGCAUGCUCUAGUCUAAUGGUUACCCACCGUGCUAGAAGUCGAUGUGUCGUAGAGAAAUGUGUAAAAAAAAGUACACCCAACCUUCUCAGGGACUGUUUCAGUAAUCCUCUCUAGAACUUGGCCUACAGCAUGUUGAUUUCUAAACUGCCGAAGAGCCUGGUCUACUUCCUCUUUGCACAAGAAGGCAAAGAAACAUUUAGGGGCAAAAAGGCAAUAGUGAAUAAUUUAAAUAAAGUAAGCUAAGUGAGAGACAAACUGGCCAGAAAAUAAUGUUUCCAGAGAAGCGGAGAUGCAAGUGAUAGAGAGUGAAAAGGAGGGAGGGAAGACAUAGCAAAGUUGUUGUGUUUGUAUCUAGUCAGCCUUUGCCAAAAUCAAACCUGCCACUUGCACAACCUUUUUAGGAAGACGCAAAACCCUUAAAGGAUGUACUAAAGCACAGUAUAAACCACCUCAGCUAUCGCACAUUAAGUUUGCGUGCACGACAUUUAGUCCACACCUCCUUUACACAGUGUCUUCAUUAAAUUCUAAUCAUUAAUGCUGCAUAGCUGCGUUAAUCAGAUAGUCUGUCUUUUAUUCUUAAAGUCUAUUUUUGUGGCUAGCAUGAUGUUCUUAGGACUUUGCCAAAGGAAGCUAGCAUAGAAUAGCUUGUUUUCGCUGUCUGAGUGAUCACAGUUGUUAUGCACUCUUGCCAAAUGAGGUUGAUGGCAGUUGGUUCUUAAAGGCAUGCUGCCCUUUAAUACAGAUGGCCUUUUCUGUUUGGCAUAAAGGCAUACUGUCUUUGUUGCUCAUUAACACACACCUCUCUUUCAUGUUGGACCCUUAACUUCCAUUAGGGUGCCUAACUUUACCGAUACCUGUGUUUGUCUUGUUGCACAAAGCUGAUAAUCACACAGGAAAAUAGGAAAGAAAAAAACAUGCUGUCCUUAGUCUUGAAUGUAUGAGGCAAUAUUUUGAAAACAUAGCAAUUCCAAGUCCGAGAGUAAGGUGCCAAAACUGAGAAUGAUUGUGUGACUGGGCAAAGACCUAAUACAUGUAGAUGGGUGGCAAAAAUCAAAAAUGUUUUGACAAUAUAUUUAGUAAUAGAGCUAUGCAGGUGAAAUGUUAUUUGCUGUAAAUAGUUUCACAACAUUUGUGUCCUUUAGAAGAGACUUUUAAAUGUCCUUGAAAGAUUGCAUGGUACGUUAUAACUACAAUUCAGUACAAAAUAUAUAGAGAAUAUAUUAAAUAUAUAUUUUGAGGGUAAGAUUAAGAUGUUUUCAAGGUUGUGAGGAGAAAAAAGAAAGGGAGGGUGGUGAGAGGAAGGUCUGGGAAGGGGUAACAAAAAUGACAGGUCUUUCUAUCACUAGCACUUGAUUUAGAAAAGUGUGCCCAGCAAUAAAAAAAAAAGAAGAAAAAAACUCCUGCUGUUUAUGCUAUCCAUGGCUAAUUAGCAGUCGAGAGGCUAAGCUAAUUCCCUGGUUCCUCUCUGAGUCCUAAAGACUGUGGACUCAUUGAAUCCACACAGGGAACACAAUCUACCCCUAUACGGAUCAACCCAUUUCCUGCUGUUACUGCUCAGUUUCUCAGCUCUCUCCCCUCUAUUUCUCUUUCUUGCUUUUUUCCCCCUCCUUCCUCUCUUCCCUCUUCUUCACUCCUUCCUCCCUGAGAAAUAGUCCAACAAACACCCCUGGCCUUGAUUGACAAACACAGCUGCUGUGCAUAAACUUGUCAUACCACAGAGACGGGACGGAAAGACAAGUGUGUCUCUCUUUUUCGUCAGUGCCCCCCGCCCCCCCAUUUUUGUUUUUCCUCUCAAUUUGUAGUUCUGUGCCAUUUACUUUUUAACCAGUGGACCUCUUUUUUCAACUGUCGCUGCCUUUCUUUUCUCUUAUUCCUCAGCACUGUCACUGCAAGAGCAAUGCUCUUUACUUCUCAUUUAGCUAUAUACUUUUACAUGUGCUCGCUAGCCUUAUUUAAGGUGUGGAAUAAUCAUCCAACAACGACAACUCAAUGAUUAAUACCUUUUUUUCCCCCUUUGCAACAAU